UUGAUUUUUGACAUAUUUUAGUGAAUUUAAUGGUUAAUUAUUCGAAACGAAUUUAUAUCAAUGAGUUGAUUGUGCAGUUUGUGAAUAUUGUUCGGAAAUACAGAAAGUCAUUAUUUUCUAUGAAUUAUCUGUGUCGUGCAUUUGACUUGCGAGACAAGUUGCAUAAAUCUUUAUAGGUUAACAUCUGAACAAUUGUGGGCAAUUGUCGGAAGUUUUUUGUAAAUUUCGGAAUUGAUAUUUUCUUCCCGCAAUCAUUGCUGUGUUUAAACAAAAAACCAUUAGAAAGAUGUCUAUGUUGAAUAUGGUGGGAGAUGAUGUUAAGGAAUGUCCCUUGUGUUUAGAAGUGUUGGAAGUGGACGAUGUGACAUUCUAUCCUUGUACAUGCUUGUACCAGAUAUGCCGAUUUUGUUGGCACAGACUUCGAACAGAUGGUAACGGAUUAUGUCCAGCAUGUAGGAAAGCUUAUCCUGAAAAUCCUGCAGAUUUUACACCCUUAUCACAACAACAAAUAGCAGCCCUUAAAGCUAAGAAAAGACAUCAAGAUCAACAACGGAAGCAAAAGAUAUAUGAGAAUAGAAAGCAUUUAGCUAAUGUUAGGGUAUUACAAAAGAAUUUAGUAUUUGUUGUUGGGCUGCCCAUGAGGUUGGCAGAUUCUGAAAUACUGAAGAAACAUGAGUAUUUCGGAAAAUUUGGAAAGAUCUUGAAGGUUGUAAUUAAUCAGAGCACGUCAUAUGCUGGACCACAGGGGCCAUCGGCUAGUGCAUAUGUUACAUAUUCCCACAAUAAUGAUGCAUUACGAGCUAUUCAGUCUGUAAACAAUAUUACAAUGGAUGGGAGACUUAUUAAAACGAGCUUAGGGACUACUAAAUACUGUAGUCACUUUAUGAAGAAUUUACCAUGUCCAAAGCAAGACUGCAUGUAUCUUCAUGAGCUAGCAGAUCCCGAUGCCAGUUUUACAAAAGAGGAGAUGCAUCUUGGUAAACAUCAAGAAUAUGAAAAGAAACUUCAUGACACAUUGAUACAACAAACAGCUAAUAAAUCCGACCGUACUCCAUCUGUUACGACAAGUAAUGGCUUAGGGACUUCCACUUCAAACACAUACAAGAAUAAUUCUCCAACACAAUUAGCAUCUGAUAAUGGCUCUACAGUGCCACCUUUAAUAUCUUCACAAAGUAAAGAAGCAUGGCCUAGCUUGAACACAAUUUCACCAAGUGGCAAUAAUAUAUAUAAUAAUGCCAAAGACAAAAAAUCUCAAUCAACGGGAAAGGAGAAUAUUAAUUCUAAGUCAGACAAAUUACAAAAAGGUGAAAAACAGUCUAAACAGAGUAAGUCGUCAAAAGAUACUAAAGUAGGAAAAUCAAAAUUAAAGUGCAGUGAAACAAAUGGACAAGUAAAAAGUGUUAGUUCUAAAUCUCCCGAUAAAGAUUCAUGUAAUUCAUUACAAAGUGGAAGCAGUGGAGAAAGUACUCCUGAACCAUGCAAUCAUAUUAACAAUGAUAUUAAUUCUCCUAAUGAUGAUCCUUUACAAAAAAGUGAUUCAAGUACUGAAAAUGAAUUACAUUUUAAAACCAAUAGUGAAGAUCUUAGCCUUAAUAAUGGAAAUAGCAAUUAUCCUAUAAAACCUUUUGUACUGAAUGAUGCAACAGCAGACCUCUCCCGACUCUCAAUAUUUGAUGAUAAUAACAGUUUCUUUUCUACUCCGUCGUAUAAGAAAUAUUUAAAUACUGAAAGGCCACUCAGUAGUUCUGUAGAUAGUCACAGUUUGAGUCCUGAUUCCUUGUGUGGGCGAUCACCAUUUGAAAUGGCUGGGGACACCAAUGGAGUGGAUGCCGAAAAAUCUGUAGUGAAAGAAAUUCAUAAUAACUCUUCAGCAACAUCUGAUAACAUUGAAUAUGCACCAACGUUGACAAAUAUAAAUUCAAAUCCACCAAGGCAAAUGAGCAUGCUCAAUGACUUUUUGCCUUUAAUCAAUUCAUCAGAAGACUGGCAAGCAGCAUUUGGAUUUCCAAAUACGGCAUCAAAUCAAAUUGAGCAAAGAUUGUAUCAUUCAGAGUCGCCGAGGGGCCUUGGGCAUCUUACAAAUGGCGUAACACAUGCCAAUUUACAAGAUUUCCAAGGUUUGCAUCAAAAUGGUGACUAUUUAAAUGGAAGCAGUGAUGUUCAAUCCGAUGUUGAAGAACACCAUCUAUUAGACAAUAAAUUAUAUGAGCCACAUAGAGUUUCAAAUUCUGUUUCACAAUUUUUAACUGAUUAUUACAAAGGAAAUUCCAAAUAUCUUGAGAAAUUUCUUGAAAGUACUAAUCCAGAAGUACAACAGCCAUUAUUUAUGAACAAUGGUUGUGGUGAAUCUCCUAAUCAGAAUUCUAAUCAACUUGAUAGUCAUCAUCCACGAGAAUACAUAGAGUAUUACAAUUCUAUGUUGAAUGCUCAAAGACCUCCUGUAAACCUUGCUGAAUCAAAGUUCUCUGAUCUACAUAGCCAUAUCAACGCACAAAACCACGUGAAUCAACAAAAUAUAUCCUCAUUUAACUCUACCAACUCAAAUGUGCAAUAUUCUAAUCACUUACCUUCCUUCAGAUCGAAUAACCAUUGCCAUACAUCAUCUGAUGAUGAUUUAGGUUUUGAUCCCUUCCAAGAGACUCAGAAAGCAUUUGCAUUAAUGGAGAGCGAAAUGGUUCUUCAACAAAACUCCAAUCGAGGGCAUAAUAAAUAUGGAGAAAAUCUUAGUCAGAGAACUCGAUUGCCACCACCAGGUUUUUCACAUAUGAAUGCUUUUGGAAUUGGAGUACCUCGUGCACAACAAGCAGGCAACAAAGCUCUACCUCACUUAAAUGUAAACAACACACCAUCUGCUAAUUGGGGUUCAAUGUCAUAUCAGCAACAAAUGCAAAAUUCUUCAGCACCUCUUCCUUUGUCACAACACCAACAACAUAUUAAAGGUAUGAACAUGGUUCCUGAUUGGACAACUUUGGACCCAGCUAUAAUGAGUACUUCUAGAAACUUUGGUCACAGUUUGAUAGAUAAACAUGAUGCUAAUGAUGGAUUAUUCCUUGGCCAAAAAUCACUGUAUACCAAUAGCAAUGUGAGCCAGCAACAAAACCAAACACAGCAACUAACUCAUGCUUUAAAUUCAAUGAACAGUAUUCAUGCUCCACACCCAUCAAAUGGGCAGUUUGGGCACUUUGGUAAUAAUCAAAUCCAUAAUCAUAAUGCUCUAAUGGGGACACCUCAGCAUUCAAAUAUGAACUCUAAUAUUAUAAAUACGGAUUCGUACAAUAUAGGUCAUCAUAAUGUUAAUAUGUCUAUGCCUAUGUCACUGCAAAAUCAGUGGCAUAAUUCGGAGCAAAGCUUUUAUGCAAAUUCUACAUUGAAUAGCGAUAUACAUAAAUAUCAGAUUUCAAUGCCACCCGGUUUUCAGAAUAGCACAUCUGGUGGAAACAAGGCUAAUAAAACAGAGUGUAUAGAAUCUAAUUAAUAUAGAAAUAGCAGAGAUGAUUGCAGUUCCAAACUGCUACCUGUAUUCAUUUUUCAAUGUAUUUUUAGUUUCAGGCAACAUCUUCUGUUUUUUUUUUUUCAUAUAUAUAUGUUUAAUUUUUAUUUAUUUAAAGUAUUUCCAUAGAAUUGAUAUGGAUCAUUUUGUUAAUUUAUCGUAUAACAGAUAUCUAAAGUUCUAUAUAAAUUAUAUCUCUGUAUAUUUAAAUGCUGUUUGGUCUUUUCAAAUUCAAUGGACCUGAUUGCAAAACGAACCUGAGUGAAUUGUAUAAAGUUAUAAUUGUAAGAUGUGAUAGAGAGCCUUGAUUCAACUGUUUUGUGUAUUUUUUAUAUUUCAUAGCUCUUUUUGUUAAAAUAAUAUAUGUAAUUGGGGCUGCGAUAUCAUCACAAAUUAAGUACUCUAUUGAGACUUGAUUUAUGAAAGACUAAUUAAUAAAAUCCUUACUGUUGCAUACAGAAAGGGCAAAUGCCGAUAAACCUAUGAGCUGAGAUAUUUGGCAAACUAUUAGAAGACUAUAUUUUAUUUAAUAUU